CAUCGUGGAUCAGAAUUCUACACCAAACACAAUGGAUCUGUCGACCUGGGCGCUGCCUCAGCUGGCCAAGCUGCUACCUCUGGACGAAGACUCCCUCAAGCAAAUCAUCUCCUACACGGAAACUCUACCGAACAGGGAAGCGGCGGAUAAUCUUCAAGAAUUACUCGGGGACAGCCCACAAGCUCUUGAGUUUAUCACAUCAUUCAACAACCGGAGAAAGCCAAAAGCGAGUAGUUCUGCUCAAGCUGUGUCGAAUGAUACAUCCGAGGUGCCAAAGGCUAGGCCCAAGAAGAAAAAGCAGCAAAAUAUAGGAAAACUGCCCCCCCAACGACGACCCGAUGACUACGGCAAUGUAUCAGGCGCCUACAUCAAGAAAGAUGAAGACGACUACAUGGCUGCCAGUUCGAGGAACAAACCUGCUAAGCCCAACAUGUUCGGCCUGUCAGACAGACCAGACGCUCUUCAAUUGCCCACCACAGCCCCAUCUUCAGGAACAGCAACACCCAAGUCUCGCGGAAUCUCGCCUGCUCCACCACCGACCAAGCUCCCUCCCUCAGCAUCAGGCCAACUGAUCUCCGACGUAAAGCCAUCCAAGUCAUCCUCCUCCAAGCCCAAAGCCAAAGUAAGCCUGGCAGGCGGAAUGCUCAUGCACGGCGCCUCGACAGCCCUCAACGACCUCGAAUCCACCAUCCGGGCCCUAGAAAUCCAAACCAACCCCACGCUCUCCACCCAAGACAGCAGCAAGCGAAAAUGCAACUGCAUGGCCACCCGCCACCCCCUCCUCGACGCGGCCCCCAACUGCCUCGCCUGCGGGAAAAUAAUCUGCAUAAAAGAAGGCAUCGGCCCCUGCACAUUCUGCGCCACGCCCCUCCUCAGCGCCUCAGAAAUCCAAUCCAUGGUGCGCAUCCUGCGCGAAGAGCGCGGGAAGGAGAAAAUGGCCGCCAACAACGCGUCGCAAAAGCGUCCCGACGUCGCCACCGCGCCUCGCCCCUUCUCAACCCCAAAAUCCGCCACAACACCCGCCUCCUCAAACCCCGCCUCGGACGUCGAGUCCGAGAACGAAAAACUCGCAAAGGCGAAACAGCAUCGUGAUAAGCUGCUGGCUUUCCAGGCGCAAAAUGCCAAACGCACGCAGGUCCACGACGAGGCUGCGGAUUUUGAAACUACUUCUGCGGGACUGAGCAUGUGGGCUAGCCCCCAGGAGCGCGCAAUGCAGUUGAAGCGGCAGCAGAAGGCGCUGCGCGAGCAGGACUGGAAUGCGCGGCCGGAGUACGAGAAGCGCAAGGUGGUUGCUAGUAUUGAUCUCGUGGGCGGCAGGAUCGUGCGCCGCAUGGCGACUAUGGAGCGCCCUGCUACCCCGGAGAGCGAGGACGAUGAUACGACUGAACCUGUCAUGCCAACGGCGGACCACGGCGCGAUAUCUAGCGGUAGUGGUGCGUUUGCGAGGAAUCCGCUGCUUGGGGGGUUGAUUAGACCGACUAUUAAGGUUGAGAGUAAGGGGAAGGGGAGGGAGGGUGAGAGUCGGCAGGCGUGGAGGAGGGUGCAGGAUGAUAACGAUGAUAAUGAGCAGUGGAUUUUGGAUGGCGGGGUGUAUGGGGGGCAGGAGAAGGGUGGGGUGGAGGUGGAUGGGUGAGGUUGUUUGUGUAGAUAUACUCACUCACGUAGACCGGCCAUCAAA